UAUGAACUGUCAGUGCGUUUCUGUGUUUGGGCGGGGGUGCACGUUUCUGCGCGCCACUAAAUUACGAUGUCGCGUCUUUACCAACCUUCCGAUUAUGUCGUGUCUAAAUCCCGCUUGCCAUCUUUCGAGCAAUACAAGGAGAUGCACAAACGAUCCUUGGAGGACCCCGAGGCAUUCUGGUCUGAAAUAGCCAAAGAAUUCUACUGGCAGACUCCAGCAGAGCCCGGGAACUUUGUGUCAUACAACUUUGAUAUAAAUAAGGGUAAAGUGUUUACUAAAUGGUUGGACGGUGCCGUGACCAACGUCUGCUUUAAUUUGCUGGACCGGAACGUGAGGAAUGGCCACGGGGAUAAGAUCGCCUAUUACUGGGAAGGCAACCACCCGGAUGACUACAGCCGCAUCACGUACCGCAAGCUCAAGGACCUGGUGUGCCAGUGCGCCAACGGGCUGCGCGAGCGCGGGGUCACCAAGGGCGACCGCGUCUCCAUCUACAUGCCCAUGAUCCUGGAGACAGUGGUCGUCAUGCUGGCCUGCUCCAGGAUCGGGGCCGUGCACUCCGUUGUGUUCGCAGGCUUCUCCUCCGACUCGCUCGCCGAGCGCAUGUCGGACUGCAAGGCCAAGAUGCUGGUCACCGCGGACGGCGCCUGGCGCGGGGAGAAGCUGCUCAUGCUGAAGAAGAUCUGCGACGAGGCCAUAGACAAGGCGGAGAAGAAACACGGCCACAAGGUGGAGACGUGCCUCGUCGUCAAACACGUAGACCGAGUCACGCCGUGCGGACAGCUACAGGAAUAUACGACGUGGAACGACGAGCGCGACGUAUGGUGGCAGGAGCUGAUCGACGAGCAGUCCACCAUCUGCUCCCCCGAGUGGAUGGCGGCCGAGGACCCGCUCUUCAUGCUUUACACCAGCGGUUCCACCGGCAAGCCUAAAGGCGUGUUACACACUACGGCCGGCUACCUCCUCUACGCGACGACGACGUUCCGCUACGUGUUCGACUACCAGGACAAGGACGUGUACUGGUGCACCGCGGACGUGGGCUGGAUCACCGGGCACACGUACGUUGUGUACGCGCCGCUGGCUAACGCUGCCACUUCUGUCUUGUUCGAAGGCACCCCGUUCUACCCCGAGAAUGACCGGUACUGGUCUCUCAUAGACAAGUACAAGGUGUCUCAGUUCUACACGGCGCCCACCGCCCUCCGGUCACUCAUGAAGUUCGGAGACGAAUACGUUAAAAGACACAGCCUGCAAUCCCUGCGCGUGCUCGGCAGCGUCGGCGAGCCUAUAAACCCGGAGGCGUGGCUCUGGUACCGCCAGCUGGUGGGCGGCGGGCGCUGCUCCGUGGCCGACACGUUCUGGCAGACGGAGACCGGCGGCCACGUGCUCACGUCGCUGCCCGGCGCCACGCCCAUGAAGCCCGGCGCUGCGGGCUUCCCCUUCUUCGGCGUCGAACCCGCCCUACUAGACGAGGGCGGGCAACUCAUAUCGGGCGAAGGCGAGGGCUACCUGGUGUUCGCGCGGCCCUGGCCCGGCCUCAUGCGCACGCUGUACGGCGACCACCAGCGCUACGAGCAGGUCUACUUCUCCAAGUUCCCGGGCUACUAUUGUACGGGUGACGGCGCCCGUCGCGACGAGGACGGCUUCCUGUGGGUGACGGGGCGCGUGGACGACAUGCUGAACGUGUCCGGCCACCUCAUGUCCACGGCCGAGGUGGAGGGCGUGCUGACCGAGGAACCUCGCGUUGCCGAGGCAGCCGUCGUGUCCCGUCCACACCCCAUCAAGGGGGAGGCCCUCUACUGCUUUAUAACCACCACUGACGGCGCUCACUUCGACCAAUCACUCGUCGACGCCUUGAAGAAGCUAGUCCGCGCUCGCAUCGGCGCUUUCGCCGUCCCUGAUACCAUCCAAUACGCUCCGGGUCUCCCUAAGACCAGGUCGGGUAAGAUCAUGCGCCGGAUACUCAGGAAGAUCGCACUCAAUGACACCGACAUUGGAGACACUUCCACCCUGGCUGACCCCGCCGUCGUCGAACAGCUGUUCAAGAAUCGUCCUUAAAAAACACACGUCCAAUAGCAACAGAGCACGUAAUAGUAACGUUUGCGAAAGCAAAGGUUAUGUAUAGUCAUUUUUAGUUACCUUUUAAAAGCAAAAAUAGGCGUAUUUAGGUGGUGCGGUGUUUUUGGCGCUUGUGUGAAUGAUAGCAUCGACAGAAUGGCACAAAUAGAUGCAAUACUCACCUGAGCUAUUCUAUAAGCUUACUGCUUCCAUGAAAUGUCGCCAUCUUGAAACCCUUCGUCGAAUUAGGAAUAUGACGAAAGCGUCUAGGCAGCUAUGGUGUCGGUGUAUGUUAGUUAUUGUAUUAGCUAAGAACAAAACAUAUAUUACAAUGUUAUUUAUUAGAUAUAGCUUGCACAGCAUGUUUUAAUGUAUGAAUCGCGUUCAUAACGUGUGUUGUUAUUUAUUUUAUAUUUUAUUUAUUUAAUUUAAAAUGUCUUUGAGACUUUAUGGGCUAAGUUUUAAGACUGGUGAAAUGUUAUUAGGGAUAUUCAGUUGCAAUAUUAUGACUGCAGAUAAUGCUGGUUACUACUCUGAAAUUUAAUUCAGGUCGUAUAGCUUUUUAUGUUUUAUCCUCAAUUGGAUUCAGCUUGCUUUUCAAACGAUAUUUUAUAUGGCUGCUAUAAUAUUGUCAAAUUAGUAACUAAAUGUACUUAUUCAUAAUACUACUUCUGACUCCGAUGUACUUACAAAGAAUAUGUAAGUAUAUUACGUUAAUGUAACCAAGUCAAAUCACAGGUUACAGGUGUUUGUUCACUAUUUUAUUUAUUGACAACGUGCUUUGCACUGACAUUUUGUUAAUUUAUGAAUAUACUUCACUAAUUACCCGCAAGUACAACGAUACUUAUACACAUGAGUGUAGAGUACAAUCACGAACUUAACUUUUAGAAAUAAUGUGUUACCUUCUUUAAAUCAUAAAAAAUGUCAUACUGCUUAUCUUCUGUCCAUAUACCCGCCUUGAUUAAACUCUAUCUUGCUCAAUAUCUAUAGUUUUUAAUGUUAUGACUAAUAACUUAAAGGAUGCAUGCAGGGUGGCUUUUGACGAAGUUUUAUUAGCGUACCUUUUACAUACUACUACCAGUAACUAUCGCCGCAAAAAAAUGCGAUGGCUCAAUAUCACUGUCAUUCAUUAACAACGAUUAAAUAAUUACUAACCUUUGUCUAUCAGUCAGUAGGUACCUAUUGUGAUUCUUACUUUGAUACGUAAAUUAAGUUACGUAUUAGUGAAUUUCAUAACUUACCUAAUCAUUAAUUGGUGACAACUUCCAUGAAAAUUGUGUUUGAGUGUACUUACAGAAACAUCUCUAUGUUGUGUGUGUAUUUAAUACAAUUGCACGCUAUAUAGCUUAUAAUAGGUAUAAUACGUACUUUAACGCACAUAAAUGUUUACAUAAUACGGAAUGGGCACUUUGACGAAUCGGCACAAUUUCAUCACUGAAUGAUUUAUUUGUAUGGUACCUAUGCACGAGGCCGAUUCGUGUAAUGUGUCUACCUAGAUACUCAACGCCAAAACUUCAGAAAGUAAAGAAGGGUCAAUGAACACUACAUAGGCAUCACACUUAAAUCGUUAAGUAUAACAUAAUUACCUAGAAGAAAACAAAUCUACUUACUUAAAUAUUGUAGAACUCGAAUAAGUAGAUAGUAUGCACAUUGUUUAUUAUGUUUAGUAAAUUGAAAAUCGGUCAAAAUUAUAUGGCUAACUAAAUAGUGAAAAAAAUAUGAAAAAUCUGCAACACUAUCUUGCUAUAAUGAAAUGUGAUAAAUUAUUAAAUUGUAAAACAACACGACGUUUCAGGUUUUGUUUGGUUCUUAAUUAGCAUUUUAUGUUAAACUUAUAAAAAAUACUCUUAAAUUUUAUGUUACAAAUGAGAAAGUAAAAUUUUACUAAAGUAAAAUAAAAUUAUUUAAUUACCAUUCUCAACUAUCAAUUGGACAAUUUGAAUAAUAUUUUGAUUAUGUUUUUAAAUAAUGCACUGUGAUUAUUAAUGGGUUAAAUAUACGUGUUGUCCCAAAUUGUUACAUUGAUGUUGUAGGUACUUAAGUAGUGAAAACUCAAAUAUAAUGAAAAAAUCGAAAGAUACCUAUGAAGAAAUGUGAUCUAUGAGAAAAUUAUAAUCAUUACUUAAUUGUGUAAGAAUAAACUUCAGUCUAUGACA